UGCACCCGCCACGGCCUCUGCUCACUGAGCUGGCUCCAGAGGCCAUGAGGCUGUCACUCCUGCCGCCGCUGCUGCUGUUGGGAGCCUGGGCCAUCGCAGGAGGCCUCGGGGACAGGGCCCCACUCACGGCCUCUGCCCCACAGCUGGACGAUGAGGAGAAGUACUCAGCUCACAUGCCUGCUCACCUGCGCUGUGACGCCUGCAGGGCUGUGGCCUACCAGAUGUGGAAACAUCUGGCAAAGGCAGAGGCCCAACUGCAGACCCCAGACUCCAGGGGGCGGCGGGAGCUGAGGGAAUCCAUCUACACAGACGUCCUGGACCGCAGCUGCUCCCAGAACUGGCAGGACUACGGGGUCCAAGAAGUGAACCAGGUGAAACGUCUCACGGGUCCAGGGCUCAGCCAGGGGCAGGAGCCAAGCAUCAGCGUGAUGGUCACAGGGGGCCCCUGGCCCCUCAGGCUCUCCAGGACAUGUUUGCACUACCUGGGGGAGUUUGGAGAAGACCAGAUCUAUGAAACCCACCGACAAGGCCAAGGCGCUCUGGAAGCAUUGCUGUGUGCGGGCAUCCAGGGGGUCUGCUCAGAUGCGUUGCCAGUCACCCAGGAAGAACUCUAG